AUGAGCAUAAGUCAAGGGGCAAGCGCCUUCAGCGAUCAACCUAGUGAUCUUCCUGCUGUGCUGCGCAAGAAUGAAGUGAGCGCAGAGCACCCCAAGAUUAGCGUGUUCUAUGACUCUUUACGGCUACGCGAGGGCUAUCAAAGCAACCCGGUUCAGCGCGAGGUCCAUAUCCUCUUUAACAGUUGGGUUGGAAUCUCUAAGCCGCCCCCCUUGCUUCCCCCAUCGAAAGAUCUUUCUCAACCAUUUGGGUGCGACGUUCUUUUCGACUCUAUCUCCAGCUCACCGUCCACCCCUGUUAUGUCCUCUGAUCUCUCAACCCCGGGGUGUACAUCGUUUAACACAGGAUAUUGUGAGCUUUCGUAUUUGGACAGUCUGAACGAGUCUAGCCAAAGUGCAUCUAUAAAUGCUGACCCCCACUCCAAAGACCUCACAUUUCCUGGCCCUGCUCUUAUCCAGCCACUGACACGGGACACCCUCACACGUACUAAUACUUCCGGCCUGACUGCUGUUCCUGAUUUGCCAACGCUCCCAGGUCUGUCUAAUCUGCAGACUCUAAAAGUAGUUCCGAGUGACCUCACGCCACCUAUAGUCUCUAUACAAUCGGCGCCUGUUCUAAACACUUGGGCUGCCCGGUCUCGUUCAGAAGUGACCAGUGGCGUCUCUCACACCGGCACGGCAAAUCCAUCCCAGGCCGACUCACAGACGACAAGUUCCUCCGGCACACGGCGUCAAAAGACUAUGGAGCUCACCAACGCAGAAACGGGGAUGCAUGUUGUUGUUAUCAAACCAGCAGUCAAGUCGCGUACCAAAAAACAGAAGAGAGAGACUGCACAAAACAGAAGCGGCAGCGAGAAGUUACAUGCCAACCCCGAAGACGCUCCUCGACGGGUUGUCCAAUCUUCUUCGGAUACAACACAGAUAUUUCUUCCUGCCACUGUUACUCCAACUGCUCAAUCAUGUGCAGAUUCUAAGAGUGAUCCCCGCACAGUUAUAGGUCUGACGUUUGAGUCAGAGCACAACAGAUGUGAAGCUGAUUUUGAGCCGUCCCCACGGAAAAGCAAUCCCGAUGGCUCAUCCCCGGACACAUCGCCCCUCAGUGCUAUUGCAGACGAUUUGAAUCCCCCAAUUUUCAAUGGCCUGCUUAAUGAUGCUCUUCUAGAUCCGAGGGAGCUGGAAGCAAAUUAUCUCAUCUCAAAGAAUGACAUCGCACUCGACAUGGGAGGAGACGGUACCUACUCUGCUACUGAUCCAGCGCACUUGCUGGGCUCUCCCCAAAACUGCACGGAGGUCAUCUCAGACUUUUCAAGCACUGAAGUUACAUAUGAAACACCCCUAAGCGACCGACACCUCAAGUGGCGCAAGUCUGCGACGAAGGACGCUGUUCUUCUCCAUCAUACUCAAAGGACCCUGCUGUCUACUUCGGAGGGAAAGGGCUAUACAUACCAAGGCCGCACCAAUUCAAGCACUCAUGAACAUUGCUUUAUGGCUGACUUCGACAUUUUUCAACCAUACAAUGCUGCAGGCGUAGAGAGUGUUCUGCAGGCAAAGCGUACACGUAGGGACAUUCUGAGUUUGUUGCUCUCUACUGGCUGUGGCGUAGCGAUGAGACUAGGUUCAUGGAUGGUUACCAUCUUAUUGUUUGUAGCUUACCUUUUUGCUACGGGGGUGCUAUUUGCCGUCAAUAGGCUUUCAUCGUUCAUGCUCAUGUCUCUUAGGGAUCCUGUCCGUAUCCUGCUACCCUUUGUAUUGGUCACUUUCCUUAAGCGCUUGCUGUUUAUCAUUCCCUUUAUUUCUCAUUAUGUGGUGGAGUGGUUCUACCCCAGCAUUAUCGACGAAGCCCUGCUGGCCAAUGGAAGCUACUACGGAGAGGGCAAAGUGCCAGAUAAACGAGUGCUACCCACAUAUCUUUCAUUGGAUAGAUCGUACAAAGACUUCUUCCCACCCAUCUUUGUUCACUCCUCCAAAAAGAAAACAGGUUUUCUCGAGUAUCUCAAAGUGGUGAUGGGGUCCAUCCCAGUGAGCGAUGUCCUACAUAAUAUGCUCGACCAGACGUUUCAGUUGCGCCUUUACGCCCUCUAUGGACAACCGGGACUGCGCCACGAUGUUGGACUGUCCUCCAGCCUGAGCAUAGCAACUCAAGACUAUUUCGAGGUUCCUCUCAGCAGUUACAAGCUUUUUCAUGACACCCCUAAUGGAAGAUUGCCACACAGUGGGAAGCAGCAGCUUAGUCGCUACUUUAACAGCUACCUCCCGAUACAGGAGCACCAUGUGAAGCCAAUGACUUUUAGUUCCGAAUACACUCUGGUCGGUAAUGACCACUUAACUGAGAAUGAGUAUCGUCGAGCAAGUCUAAAGAUGUACGAUGUUGGUGAAAGGUUUAGACAGCCAGAAGGCAAGGAUUAUCAGGAUAUUUAUUCUCACUACGGAUUGCUAGCCGAUCCCCAUUCUAUAUAUGAGCGACCGGGGGAUGACAUACGCUCUAAGAACUAUCGCUACAGAAGAAUCAUGGCCGGAGAGUACUUAGUUGUCGUUUCAGGGUCUGUUUCGGACUCCUUCUCGCCCACAGGUACGUCCGCAGAUGCAGCAACGGUCCGGAAGUGGUUGGCCUAUGGCUUUGUUCUUUUCGGCAGAUCCAGCGUCUAUGGGCCAUUUAUGGCCAAGGACACACAUUACAUAGUUAACCGAAGAAUCAUUAAUAAUGACCAUACAACGCUAACGGUCUCAGACAAUACUGGAAACAUUGUACGAAUAACGUUGGAAGAUCCUAACUUCACCCUUUACUGCCGCUCUCUGACACCAAGGCAUUUGGAGAUAUCCAAGACUGCUAAUGCAAGGGGCGACAACGACUCUAUUCAUGGAACCUUUGAUAAUUGUAAUUUCAACGAUUUAAUCAUUUACUAUAAUCGCCCAUUUACGUUUGAUGAGAAGCCAGCGUUUAUAAAGUUUGACACAUUCGAGACUCUUGACGCCAGAGUGGCCCCCAUUGCAGAGCGUAAGAUCAAAGGCGAAGAGCGCUUGUUAACGGAGGACCUGCGGGUCACUCUUAUAGACCCUACCUUCCCCCGCCUCUCCAAGGUCAACAACUCUGCCACACUGAUCACCAUCAACCCAAAAGUCCACAUAAACGUGCUCUUUCAGAGCAGCAAGGUCCCCCUAGAUAGAGUUGUAGAGUGCAGUGGUCGUGACUGCUCGAAUAAGCUCUUGGCCGCGCCAGAGUAUCUCCAAUACUUUCGACCUGUGUCUGAUGAUUAUCUCAGUUACCUUUCUAUUAAGCCCCUUGUGGCGCCUGUGCCAGUGACACAGAACAGCCUAUGGCCUUUCACAGAUACUCAACUGGCAUAUUUCUAUAAGGAAUUAACGUUUUCCAGAGCACAGGUCACAAGGCAACUUGAAAGCUGCAGAAAUAAAGAUAAGAAUAGCCACGGAGGCAUCGACGAGUCCCAAAGGGAUACGGGAAUCUCCUCCAUUCUCCAGCCGACUAAACAUUCUCGGCAUCGGUGCUCGCAUUCAUAUAUGGCUGACCUGCAGAACAACCUGAAGGUAAUAGAUUUGCAGAUCCAGGACGUUGUUGCGUCUCAACAAGGCUAUACAGUCCUUACCUGUCUUUCAAACCGGAGCACAGACGAGCUGAAGACGACAACGCGGAGCCUGCGGACCAUGGAGUGCACAUUUCUUUUCCAGCGGAUCGUCAUUUCGCUUUUUUGUAGCUGGAUUCUUUCGUGUGCGAUCCACACUCAUGCGAAGAUUUUUUAUGGUCUGGUUCAUCAGGUGCAGAAGGGCACCUCACCUAAGAACAAGUCUAGUGCACAUAGCGGCAUUGCUGUGUCGUCGUAUACGAUGCUGUUUAUUUCGCUGUGCUCUGGGAUUCUCCGCCUCAUCGACGCGUCAAGGAAGGGUGUUCGGAAGCGUACCGCCGUAGACUUUGCCACUUAUCUUUUUGCACAAGCAAUCAAGAGCUUCAUCACCUUCUAUCCGAUGUACCUCAUCUAUGUGAAUGCGCCCAGAUUGCUGGCGGCGCUGUACCUAUCCAAUCUACAGUAUCGCUUGAUAAUAGCGUACGUCGUUGUGAUGCUUCUUUCUGGUCAGUUCUUUGCCCACUUUGGGCUCUAUAAUCCUGCCAGCGGCCACCUCCCAUAUAGACUGCUCAAGAGCUUUAGUGAGAAGGUUGGCACGUUGACUCUGACCGUGGCCAAGAGUACAGCGUUUCGGUCCUUUUCGUUGUUAUUAUUGCGUGUACUUAACACAGAGCUUCUUCUUGUCGCCCCUGCGCUUAUGUGGUUGUUCACUUCCGUUGUAUUCCGGGUUAUGUACCAUCUUUCCAUCGAGGGGAUUUAUGGGGGUGAGGAGCGGUUUUCGCACUCUCUCUACCGCGUGACUUUUAGUACUUUUGAUUUUGUGAUCCACCCUUCUCUAUAUUCCUCUUCGCUUUGUGUUUUACUGCUAAGUCUAUUUCUGCUUCUUUCGUGUGAUACGUUCGUUACUAACUGGAAGCUAACGUACUCUUUGCGACACAUGCCCUCUUACACAUCACCUGAUCAGCAGCUGCCAUCAUCGUAUCUUACUUCUACCUUUUCACAAAAGCCGUUUAUCCUUUUCGAUACUGAUUCCGCCCGCUUUGUUGACGAAGUGCGCAAGAUCUAUCCUGAUCUGUUUAAUGUGCAACUUGGGGCACAGCCCAAGCGGAAAAGCGCGCCAUCUUCACGCCGGCAUUCUGCAGCUUCACCAAGCACCUCCUCUGCCUCCAGCAGCGAUGUCUUUUACUUCCGCCCCAUCGAGGCUGUUACACCUAUUUAUUAUCUGGAAGAGUUGGGGCCUUGGUCACCCAAGAUCUAUCUUUACGGUAGCGCAGUGUAUAAGAAGUUGUUUUCAGUGCCAGGCGUCUAUGGAUCCCUAGUUGCCACGACAAUCUGGGUUUCUCCUCAUGAACCUUAUGUUUCGAGUGCGUGUCCAGCUAGUGAUGCGUCCUGCACCUUUGCAAAUGAUAUGUAUCAGGAUAUAAACUCUCUUCUGGCCCGGCCUCUUCGGUCAUAUCUCCAGGAUUCGCGAAGGUUUUCGACAGUGAUGUAUGAUCAGCCAGCAGAUUUUCCGGGUAAGCAUCAGCUGCAGAGCAUAUUGCAUACUAGGGCAACUCUUUUCAUUCGAACCACGAAGCGAAUGGCGAGAACAGUGAGGCUGCAGUGCGCCACGCUCCCAUGGUCUGUCUUUCUUCCAACCUAUGAGUUUAAGAUAUCGCGAUUUGUAAUGCCAUCCCAAAUGCUUCAUGCAUUGGUAUUCAACAAUGCUCCUGGACAGCCCAUUGAUCCUGUGAUGAGCCUCGCCCUUUUCUUCAAUGGAAUAACUUUACCCUCGGCUCUGCUUCACCAAAUGGUUCCGAUGCAGUACACCUUCACCGCUUCUCCUGAAGCAAUACUCAAGUUGCAAAAUUCUUUUGGGCACAGUCUUGUCAAGUAUCUGCUUCUUCCUGUGAGUGGAUAUAUGGUGACCAGAGGCUCGUCAGUUUCUCCGCCGAGCUUCCAUUUGAACAUUGUCGAUCGCCCAGUCAGGCACGUUAUCAAUAGCGGAAGUGAGCAAGUGGAGACGGCCAGGUUCUUGUUAACUGACGACGAGGUGAACAGGGCAGUCAGCCUGGGAAACAACUUACUCGGAGGGCUCAAGGAGGUGCUCACUAUUGACCAAGGAGAGCAACUGAGCAAGACCUCCGCUCCUCUGGGUGCCAUAGUUCGUGACGACAUGAUUCCGAGGCUUACGCCACAAGAUCUGCUGUUUGUGCUCUCGGUGUCGUUUUUGGAUUACUUUACAGUCGGCCACUUGCAUCAAAGUCCUGAUUCUCUGUCGCAAGAUUUUCUACUACAUUGCCCCAGCGACCUUGUACGCGCGAAGGACACAAGCCGGCACCGUGAGCAUUCUGGAACCACAGACUCGCUGGGGAAUCAUAUACCUUCUAUCCGUGGUGGUAUAUAUAAUAAUUAUUUUCGACACGAGCUGAAGUGCUUGCGCUCAGACUAUUCUCGACUUUUGCAGUACAUCUGCCGGAAGGAUGCCACCGAGUGUGGAUAUCUUCCUUUAGAUCUCAGUGUGUAUCGCCUCGUCUCCAUCUUGGGGCGUCUGCCUCUUUUCAAUCAGGGUUCUGUGUUAAGCCAGGGCACCCUAUUCAACUUCAAUCACUGCAAUCUGCUGACCUGGAUCGAUGGAGUGCUAGAGAAGGUUGCGGGUCAUCGGGAAGUUCACAGCUGCUGUGCAGGGUUUGCUUCUGUGGUUUUCGAGGCAUCCUCUGCGAGUCUCAGGUUCUUCGGACUAAAUAAGAAAACAGUAUCUGCCUUUCUUAGUAGGUUGGAACAGCCAGAGGAAUACGUAGAUACGGAGUUAGAGCGUGCCACAUUUACUGAAGAUAAAGACUUAGAUAGUACCUUGCUGGAUUCCAUUAACUUCGUCAUCAACAGAAUAUAUUUGCGCGUGCUGGAGCUUUCUGUCCUCAGCGUAGUUAGUCGUGCUGUCAGCACCAUGUACCACUUUGUUCUUCAGGCAUCCGGUUACACCACUGGUUCUUUGGAGCAUCUCGCAGACGGGUUUAGGCGUGGAGAGGUCUACACAUCCUUCUUUAUGGCGCUCCCGUCUUCUGUACGUCAGCUUUAUAACGAAGAGCACAACCUGUUUUGCAAUACAUGUAACAGGGAGCUUCUAGAAAUGUUUCGGCUUUCAGACGCGCACAGACUUGUAGCAGACUAUGCCAUGCAGAACCAGCUUUGUUCCUCGUGCUUUGCAAGCUAUUACACCAACAUUGUCUAUCCUCUUGCUUCUUAUGAGAGCGACAUCACUUCGUUUCUCUUUAAGCGAAUUGCAAAACAAUUUACCAAGGCUUGGUGCUGUGAAGAUGUGCUUUCGCUAAUAUAUCAUGCUGGCUUUGUUUCCGAUGAGUACUUCCUCAAGCAGCUGUGCCACGAAGCUAAUGCAUUCAUCAAAAAGGCACCUCCAAGCGCAUAUGCAAUCACCACCAGUGGAUGCGUAGUAAUAAGCUCUGGUGAGCUAAGUGAGGAGACACGCAUUCUGAGACUGCAUAAAGUAUCCGAGGCCCUCUUGAGUGCGUUGCUGCAGAUCCAAAGGAUGCGUCAUGUCUGCAUGUUUAAGGCGCAGACAUAUCAAACUUGUGUCCCGUAUGCUACAUAUUGCGAGUCUCGGUUAUACGUCGAGGACUCGCAACACCUAGCCUUGUUACACACUCUCUUAAACAACGAGAAGGAGCAUGCGGGUGCUAAGGAUAUGUUCCUAUAUUCAUCUAAACAUGAACCACUAGGUCGUGCAUGUAAGCAAGGGCUACGCACAGAUUGGUAUUAUGCUCUCAUCCAAAGCUGUAGCAAAUCUUAG